AUGUGCGAGGAGGAUUGUCACAUGGGAGAGAUGAAAGAGAGAGUUGUGGUGGGUUAUUGGUUAUCAGAGAAGAAGAGAUCGAAAUUUAAUUGGAAUGAUUGGCAGAAUGUCUGUGCCAAAGAGGGAUUCGUCUUUAAACUGGUGGAUCUCAACUCAAGUCUUGACGCUCAGGGACCAUUCGAUGUUUUUCUUCACAAGCUGACAGAUACACUGGCGCUUGCCGAGAUGGGAGAUCCACAGGCGAUAGCGAUUGUUAGUAGAGUAGAGAGUUAUAUUCGUAGAAAUCCCCAGAUGAUAGUGGUGGAUCCACUGGACAAUGUCAAGAAGCUGCGAGAUCGUCAGAACUCUUAUGAAAUUUUGAGAGAAGGAAUGCAGUUCAAUGAUGUUUUUACACCUGAUUUCAUCGAAUUGAAGUCAAGAAAUGCGUCAGAAAACCUCAGCCACCUGCAUCAACACAAUAUCAAGUUUCCAUUUAUUUGUAAGCCACUGUCGGCCCAAGGUUGCAGCAAUGCUCAUGAGAUGAUGGUGAUAUUCAACGAGGCAGGUGUGAAGGACUGUCAGCCCCCCUGCGUAGCCCAAAAUUUCGUAAAUCACAACGCGAUAUUGUACAAAGUAUAUAUAGUUGGUAGUCACUUCCACAUAGUAGAACGUCCUAGUCUCAAGAACUUCUACCCGAAGGACUGCGAGUCCUCAGGGACAUUAUUCUUCAGCUCCCACGACGUCUCCAAGAGUGGAUGUACCUCUGAGUGGUCCGUAAUAUCGAAGGAGGACGAGCCCUUAGCAGUCAAGCCCAACUACGAUAUUUUCCAGAAGAUUGUUGGCCAAACCACAAAAUUAUUUGGACUUGUUCUUGUGGGAGUCGAUGUUGUGAUUGAAAAUCACACUGGGAGAUAUGCCAUAAUCGAUGUGAAUGCCUUUCCAGGGUACGAUGGUUACCCCCACUUUUUGAAACAUUUUGCCGAGACCAUUAAACUCUUGUUAUCAGAACAAAAAGCCAGAUUGAAUUACCGUCGAACAUCGAUCCUCAACAAGUGCAUGAGCACUGAUUCAGAGUCGGGCUUUGAGAGUGACGAGAAGAAGAAACAAUCGAUGAACUAGUCAAGGGGAUAAUAUUGUCCAACAAACUCAUUCCAAGUGGAUUAUUGCAGCGACUGCCAGGAAUUAAGCGUUUUAUGCUCUUGAAAGUUUUUGUUUUUUUAAUGGAAAACCGUCUGGAGGAGUCAUGUACGACGAUGCCAUGAGAAGAAAGGGAAUUUCUAUGUACAAAUGAAUUGUUUUAUUGUCAGAAUAUUUUAUACGUUGAUGUAUAUUUCUUACGAUCAAUAAUUAAAAAAUAAUUCUUUGAACAA